CACAAAACACACCGCAAAUGGAUCGAGCAAACAAAGUAUACCAGAUGGAGCUCAAGCGCAUCAUGGAGUUCUUGGGACGCACCGAGGAGCUCAACGACCCCAACUUCACCGAGACGAACUUGCUGGAUGUGACCCCUGAGGACAUCCGGCGCUAUUUCAACCUUAAAGCCUUUGGAACUACUGCGCCAACGUCUGCUUCCCUUCCAACACAUGCACGAGCAAACACCCUUAAAUCUAUGAAAAAGAUGCUCAGCGCGUUCAUGCCACGCCGCAUGAUUCCAUGGGACGAACCCCGGCGAGAGGGCAACCCAACGCGAUCUGUGGUUGUAAAUGACGUCAUCACGUUGGUGAUGAAAUGUGAGGUGCGACGUCAGGGCGUCGAGUCAAAAGCCCACAGGCCCAUUGAGUUCACUGAGUUCAUGAAUGCAUUAAAAGUCAUACGACUAUGCUCCGAAUUUUCGGAAUUGGAUCGAUACCGGCUUGGGAGCGUUAUCACGUUGCAAUGGCACCUGGUUGCACGAGUCGACGACAUGAUGAAACUGUUUGCGUGA